CACGGCAGGUGCAGGUGGUCGGCCUGGGCACCACCAAGCAAAGCAAGCUCACUCCCCAAGUCGCCAGUCGCCAGAAGCCACUCGGCCUUGGCAAGUUGGCAGAGCAAAAUAUCGCCGGUACACUUUUUGGUGCGCUUUUUCCUCGGAGCCACAAGCUCUCGCUCGCUCGUCCUCAUCUUCCACCUGAUCCCCUUCCCAAGAACACGAGAAGCCUCCGAGAAUACAAUCCAGCCAUGGCCACCAAGCACGUGGACUCGUUCGACGAGCGCGACGUCGUCGACGCCGGCUGCGUCCGCGCCGUGCUGGGGGAGCUGGUCCUCACCUUCCUCUUCGUCUUCACCGGCGUCGCCGCCGUCAUGGCCGCCGGCGUGCCGGAGGUGCCUGGCGCGGCCAUGCCGAUGGCGACGCUGGCCGGGGUCGCGCUGGCGCAGGCGCUGGCGGCGGGGGUGCUGGUGACGGCGGGGUUCCACGUGUCGGGCGGCCACCUGAACCCGGCGGUGACGCUGGCGCUGCUAGCGCGCGGCCACAUCUCGGCGUUCAGGGCCGUGCUCUACGUGGCGGCGCAGCUGCUGGCCUCCUCCCUCGCCUGCAUCCUCCUCCGCUACCUCACCGGUGGCCAGGCAACACCGGUGCACGCCCUGGGCGCAGGCAUAGGGCCCAUGCAGGGCUUGGUGAUGGAGAUCAUCUUCACCUUCUCCCUCCUCUUCGUGGUGUACGCGACGAUCCUGGACCCGCGGACCACGGUGCCAGGGUACGGGCCGAUGCUCACGGGCCUCAUCGUCGGCGCCAACACCCUCGCCGGGGGCAACUUCUCAGGCGCGUCCAUGAACCCGGCCAGGUCCUUCGGCCCGGCGUUGGCCACCGGCGUGUGGACCAACCACUGGGUCUACUGGGUCGGCCCGCUGGUCGGCGGCCCCCUCGCAGGGUUCGUGUACGAGUCGCUCUUCUUGGUCAAGAGGACGCAUGAGCCUCUGCUUGCUGGGGAUUUCUAGAUGGACCGGCGGAGCGAUGCUGGGAGAUUUAUACAUUUUGCGCUAUGUAUGCAUACUUGUGUGGAUGAAGGUUUGCUGUUAAAUUGGUCCGGCGGAGCGAUUCUAGGAUGUAGAAAUGGUCGUAGGACUCCGCAGGCUGGUAUUUGGGGUUAAGACCGGUGAUUAAGGCUGAUAAUCAGCCAUGUAAAUAGAAACAGUAGUUUGUUAGUGAAAUUUGUAAUAUUUACAAGUAUUUUGGCCAAGGUAGCGGCUGCUACAUCAAUCCAUCAUGUGCAAACUUCUCGAA